UGUUGGGAGGCUGAGGAUCGCAGUUGAUGUGUGGACUGUACCGGGGGGCUCUGUUCCACUGGGCAGGGGGGCUCUCCAUGAGGGAGGAGAGGGCUGAGGACACCGAAUACAGAAUGGAGAAGCAGAUGUCUCGCUGUAAAAUAGUGGUGGUCGGGGACACUCAGUGUGGAAAGACGGCUCUGCUUCAUGUGUUCGCCAAAGACUGCUACCCGGAGAAUUAUGUCCCGACUGUUUUUGAGAACUACACCGCCAGCUUCGAGAUAGACAAGCAGAGAAUCGAGCUCAACAUGUGGGACACGUCUGGCUCAGCGUAUUAUGACAAUGUCCGUCCUCUGGCAUACCCAGAAUCUGAUGCUGUACUCAUUUGUUUUGAUAUCAGCCGUCCAGAAACGUUAGACAGUGUAUUAAAAAAGUGGCAAGGUGAAACUCAGGAGUUCUGCCCAAGUGCCAAGGUCAUUCUCGUAGGCUGUAAGCUUGACAUGAGGACAGAUAUGAACACUUUACGAGAACUGUCCAAACAGAGACUUAUCCCAGUCACACAUGAACAGGGUAGCACUCAGGCCCGUCAGAUUGGAGCUGUGGCCUACGUCGAAUGUUCUUCUAAGGUGUCGGAGAACAGCGUGAGAGACGUCUUUCACGUCACCACCUUGGCUUCUGUUAACCGUGUUCACAAGAACCUCAAGCGCAGCAACUCCAAGAGGGGACUGAAACGUGUCUCACAGCUGCCUGGACGGACUGAACUAUUAAACGAGACAGAAAUACGCAAGGACCGUGCCAAGAGCUGCUCCAUCAUGUGAAAACGUGCCUACUGGCUGUAAAUAGAGUGUGUAGAGUUUUCACUCUGUGCGGUAAUACGGGCAUCCAAUGCACAGAAAUGGCAGCUUUUGCCUUGGCCAGUGUUGUGUAACCAUAGUUAGGCGCUGGCCUGUGACUGUUACAGUUAUUUCUGGAUUGCCUUAGACAAAAAAAAAUUAUGAAACUCAUCGAAAACGCAAGUCAAUGGCGGUGUAAACCAAUUAACAAGCAUUAAGAGUUUGCUUUUGUCCUGCUGAUUCUGUCUCCAUCAAUGUAUUUAUAUGCGCACACAGUUCACGCCCAUUGUACAGAGCAUAGAGGAGGCGCCUGUGUAAAGCCUAUGUAAUGUGUGUAUAUAUGUAUGUAUGUUUAUAUGUAUAUAUACACACACAGAUGACGCACAUUGUGUUCUGGAGAGGUGUGGAAGGUUGUGUUGGUUUGAGAAUUGAAGCAUUGUUGUAAUCCAAAAGUAUAAUAAAAAUCGAUUUAUUGUUAAAAA